UGUGCACCAAACAACACUCUAGUAAUCUCUGGAAUCGUCAAAGCGCCGUCGUGAGUCGUCGUCCCCAGUCCAGUCCAGAACAAGAAGAGAGAGAGAGAGAGAGAGAUGGGGGGAGCUCAAGCGCUGAAGUACAUACCUCGAAUCAAGUUUCCUCAGAGACAUCCAAAACCAUCUGGUUCUGCAUCUGAGACUCAAGCACCAGCUAAAACGGCUGCUCUCACUUUUUUCUCAAGUUCUAAGGCUUCUACAAGUUUGGGAGGGAAAGCUUCACUUCAACCCAAACGAACACCAGUGACCAAUGAGGAGAUUGAGGCUGUUCUGUUAGGUGGCUGCAUCUGAUGUCACGAUGGAGCUUCAAGGGUGCGAUGUAUUUUAUUGAGUAUUAAUAACCAUUUCACAGGAUAUCAAAGUUGUUCUGUUGUAACAAUUGAUAAUUGAAAUUUAUGAUACACCUUAAAGAAAGAUGUGAUUUUGCAUUCCAUUUUAAAACCAUGAUACUCAUGUAUCUAUUGAGAUAAUAUAAUCGAGAGUUUGCUUGCACUGUUUA